GGAUGCAAGUGUGCAAGUCUUGGCAGACUCUUGCGCCUGCGAGAAGAAGAGGGAGACGCGCAUGCGCCCUGCGCAGCAUUAGAGCAGACGUGUGAACGUGAAAAUCCGUAGGUUUUGAUACAUACGGUUUCGUUAGUUGUGUUAUGUGAAGUGUGGCAUGGGCACGUGUGGCGGUGCGGGAUGCGACGACGCACGUCCUACUACGCCAGUGCGGAUCCGGCUGUUCGUCAGCGUUGUGUUGUGAAUGGGCUUCGUGUGCGGUGACAAGAAGUGGAAUUGGUACUGCUGCGGCUACUGGUGGUUGGGCAGACGAAAUUCCUAGGCCUAACGAUAUUCAGCGAUUCAUCGAAAGAUGCACAGUGGUACUGCCGACAGACUCCGGAUAGGCAACGAAGUGAGGGAACUGAAACUCGGCCGCAGUUUCUCAAGCAGCUCCGGCUCGGCAUUCCAUUCCAUUAGGUACGACUUCAAGCCGGCGUCUGUAGAUACGUCCAAGUCUGCCAACGUCGAAGUGGGGGAGAAGAACCAAAUCACUGUGACUGUGCCGCACAUCGAGAACCCUCUGUCCCAGGGCUCCGGCACGGCGCACACGGUGUUCAAGGGCUCGCAGCGGCCGUACCAGCGGGAGUGUGUCCUGGUCGUCGACAACGUCACCGGCGAGGUGACGCUCGAGAGGCUCAGCUGUAACAUCCAGCUCAAGAAGACCAGAGCCGAAGGAAGCAGCAAAAUCCAGCCACGGCCCAUCACCCCCAUCGACAGUGGCAGCAGUGGUGGUGGAGGAUCGCGCAAGCAUUCUCCAUCGCAGAAGCUCUCCCCUCCUCAGCCACAGACGAAUGGCAAGCACAGCUGGUCCUCGAGCUCCCCCAAUGGGCCCCAGCAGUCACAGUCACAGUUGCAGCAGCGCACUAGCCAACAGCCAAGGAUCUCUCCAAGCCAGCCGCAAGUGCAGCGUAGUAGCCCCCCUGGCAGCCAGAGCAGCCCCUCCAUGCCAACCCUGUUGACACCUAGGGAGGGAGGCGGCUCCUCAAGCCGGGCUCCCUCAGCCAGCAGGGACAGCAUGCCGCUGCUGACCACUGAGACUCUUCAUGACGGCCAAGAAGAAGUUCCUGACGUGGGCGUGUUGUCGGACUCUAGUGAUUCGAGCAACUCUACUAGCAAGAGCUCUGCCAGCUCGGACUCCAGUGACUCUGAACAUGAAGAUGCUCCACCAACACCACAGAAAAACUCUUCCUCUCAGCCUUCACACUCUUCCAGGGGUCACCAUGCCGCAGUAAAUGGAACAAAUGGCCAGCACUCCAAUAAUGCUUCCUUAAGCAUGCCCAGGUUUAGCCAACUGAGUGAAGAUCUGCACUUAAGUGAAUCUGGCAGCGACAGCGACGACUAAGCACUCACAGCCAACAGCAGGUCACGUAGCUCCAAGCAACAUUAGCAUGAUUAAAUAAAUGGGAGGGCUUGUCUCCUCGUCACCUUGAGGACAAAGAGGCACAGUCUCGAGGAGGUGAAAAGACUUCAGCACACAGCCAUGGCACUUCUCCCUGUUUUCUCUCACUCAGACAAAGCAGAGUGGGUACAACGAGAGAGACUAGCAGAUUUUUUUUUUUUCCUUUCCUAUGCGUGGCACUGGGGAAGCCAGCAAGGCAAGCUCUGUGAAUGUGGAGCAGUGACUUCAUCUUGUUCAGUUUCUGUGCUGUCUCUGUGUGCUUGGCCAGUGCAGUGUGUUUCUCGUGUUUUUUUUUUUAUGGUGUGUCUUCCACCAUUGUUCAUAGAAUGUGUGAGCGCAUUACUUGUGCAUUAUUACCGAUGCUUUUUACAGCAUCCUCUUUUUGCGCACUUCUGUUGUGUUUUUUUCUCUUCAGUAAUGUUAAUUGCGCAAGAAAGAGCGGUGGGUGAAAAUGACUGCUGAUUCUAUUGGUGAUUCACGUGCAUGCCAACGGCACAUAAUUAUUGUGCUUUUUUGUUAUGAUUUGAUUACUACAAAAGCCUCUAUAUAAAUAAAGGAAAGAGUUUGUGGGACUACAGAAUUUGUCAUAGACCAUUUACUUAAGCUUCAAGUGUUGUCACUGUUGUUUUCAUUUGCUCAUUAGAAGAGAGACAAACGACUGAUGGUCAGGGCCAUGGCUGCGUGACUCUUCUACGCUAGUUCUUAUUGUUCGCCCUUCGGCAUCAAUUUAGGUGACCCCAGGCACUGCCAUUAUCACUGGUAUUGGUCAUUUGAGGGCAUUGACGGUGGGAAAAUAAUGAAAUCGAAUGAAAUGAAUUUCAUGUUUUGGCUUAUGAUGUGCACACCUCCGUCGUUAUGACUGAGAUUGCGACAAAUAGACACAUUAGUUUGCUCAUUAGCACAUAACUGCUUUGUGCAGGGUAAUGCAUUUCGCUCACAAUAUAAAAGCAUGCUUGGAUUGUGUGCAGAAUGAACUUGCGUGAUUAGCUUGAUAAGUGAUAAUGUAGUCCUACGUCCUAUUUAGGACAGGCUGCACAGCAGCCGGAAGCAAUCUGUACUGCAUAAUGCUCUUAUGGUAGUGCUUGCCUGCCAGGAGCCCUAUACUUAUUGCGCAAGGUGGUGGAGACAAUAGCAGGAUUGUAACAUUCUCCCCUAUAGUGUUUCCUACCUAGAGGGAAAUCUGGUGCCACCGUAUAUGCAAGUUUCUCAAAAGUGGGCUGAGACACCAUGGGAAUGCCACUCUAUUUAAUGUUCAGUUUUCCUUGUACAUCACUUAACCUGAAACAUAGUCAUAGUUGCCUAAACCAAAAUCUUUUUAAAAUAAAUGUCUAGGUUCUCUCAUUGUAAAUCUUCCGUUAAUGUUUACUUACCUACUGACCUUAAUCAACUGUUUGGACAACGAGGCUGGAGUAUACCAGGUUCGAUUAGAAUGUAUUUGGUGGAAAAAUGGGUGGUUGCAAUAUCGAAAUAUCAAUCAAUAGUCUCAAACAUGGCUGUUUGCAUGGCCAGGCUGAGUCCACGGUGGCGGUGAGCGAUCACUCAUCAUUAAUCAGCCGUCACACAAUUUCUUGCCCUGCAUUGAAAUGUCAAGCUGAAACGAAAAUUUCACUGGGAAUCUCUAGUGAACUGCUGGUACUGCCUGAGGAGAUACAACAUUCCAUUGAAGUGCAGCUGUGCCUCCACUUUUGAAAACCACACAGUGCAGACGGUAGAGCUGCAGCUGUAAGUGCAGUGGGUUGUCAAACUCAAGACAGUGCCAUUCUUCUUCCAUCUGGUCCGUGACCGUAGACCGCAUUUGUUGGCCAGAAAUGCAAAGCCAAUCCUUGCUGGUGUGCGUAUUCGGAUGUCCCCGGUCACUGAAUAGGUAUGGCUGAGGAGCGAGGAACUGGCAAACCUUUUGUGUGAACCAGCCUGGUCUUGGUCAUGUUUGUGCCACCCGAGGAAUCUGAUAAUAUGGUGACUGCUCAAUUCGUUGCCAAGCAGGUUCUAACCACUAGCCUAGCAUGCUUUUGCUUAAUAAUACCUACAGUUGCUGUGGCACCACAUCGACAUAAUAGGGAGAAAAAAGCGCAUUUCGUGCAGUUAUUAGUGGAGACUAAACCAUUGAUUGCCACUUGCAUAUUCUAAAGAUCUUGAAAAGAUGUUCAUCCAAAGCACUCGCUUAUCAGCACUCUCGUGUACUACAGCAAUGCAGCACUUUUUUUUUUUUUUUAACAGUGGGAUUGUAAGAAGCUCUGUGGUCCCUAACACAAGCCACAAAAGUCUUAGUUCAACAAUUGUAUCUUUGAAGUAUCAUUGCAAGGAAUACAGUCAUUUAGACGCGCUUCAGUAAACAUACCACCAUGCGGCCCUGUGUCAAGCUCUUGCUUUUGUUUCUGCCAGUGUGCCACUGUUAGUGUUGAAGUUUGCGUUUAGACCGUAAACCAAUGUGCGUCGAGUUCAUACUAAUGAAUAUUGCUUUGCGCAUUACAUUACCUUAUGAAACAAUGACCUAUCAUGGCUUGUCACUGUGAACUAGAUUUUUUUUUUUUUUUACAACUGCUGUGCCAUCUAUGAGACGCUGCUCUGCAACCAUGUGGAGUGUCAGUAAAGAACAGACUUGUAGUACUAUUACUGACAAAAUUUAUAGCAAAGCUUACACAUGGUUCUUCAUUAUCAAAUUUUGCUCUUCCGGGUUUUUUCUUUUUUCUCAUCGCACAAUAAUGUUAAUUUUUUAUUUAGCUAAAGGGUAAAUGGAAGAGCAAAUCGUAAUAGUUAUUGCACUUUGUUUUUCUUUUAAUUUAAGGAUUAGUAUCAUCGGCAGAUGCAUCUUGCAACACUAUGCAAACAGGCUGGUGAGAACAUAACCAUUUCAGUCAUGCUUUAUAAAGGAGGCACAAAGUGAGUUAACAUUAGUCAGGGGUAGUAGCGACUGUGAAACAUCUAUGCUGCAGGCGCCACAACAGAUCAGAUGCACAUUUUUUGUAACCCUGCUAUGCGUGCGUAGAAUACUUUAGGAUUUGUGUUUUUGUUUUUUAUCCUGAAUUGUUGCAGAACUCUGUAGAUAUACCUCACUGUACUAGGGCUACCAAGUGUCCAUCUUGUUUCGUGCAAGCAUUUGUCAAAAAGCAAAAAAGCAUGGUCUUGAAUUUCAGCUCACUGAAUGCAUUAUAAUGGUUGUAAAAGUUGAAAUUCACUAUUGAAUACUUGCCAUGCCUAUCAGUGGUGCACCGUCACAACCACGUGACAAUAUUAUUUGCUUGCCUUCUCUCUUGUCUUGUUCACAUUAGACAUGUCUUAGCAUGAGCUAUUCUUCAGGAAGUGUCCCAACUUUUUUCUGAGUGUCAUCAGACAUGUAGCAAUAGGCUAUAAUACCCCUUUCACACGGCCACCACCGAACUCCGUUUAUCUCCGUUCUGCAUUGAACUGCUUAAUGGAGCUUAACCAGAAUGGAGUUGUGGCCGUGCUACACGGCUCGGUGCAAGCUUUCGACGGUUGCCCCAUGGGGCAGAAACAGCACUGCUGCGCUCAUCGAAACGUCCAAUUUUUUGCCUGUGUAGUCGCCUUUAAAGCAACAAAAACGUGUUUUUGUGUGUUGAUGAAGUGCUCGGAAUCAUCAUUGUUGUCACAGUGCUUGUGCAUGCGCCUCACACGUGCAGAAACAGAUACGGCGCAACGCUUCACAGUGGCGGCUUGGUGAGGCGUUGGUGUGGAGAGUACAAGCGCUGAUGUCCGAAAAAAUACAACUAAAACUUACACUACGGGGCGUGAAAUGCUACGCAAAAAAAAGAGCAAAAUUAUAAUUGAGCUCAUUAGGACGAUUUUGCUAGUGCGGUUUUCAGCGUAGCAGUGGCUGGCUGGGAACGAGAGUGCUCCAUCGAGCCGAAAUGGUCAUUACCAAACUCCCUCCACCAAAAGCUCCAUUUAACUUCUUCAGUGAAAUGGUGACCAUGUGACAUGAACCCCAUCUCCCUCGAGGAAAAGAAGAGGGAGUUAAACGGAGUUCACAGGUGCCCGUGUGACAGGGGUGUAAGCCUAGUGAAGGAGAGAAUAUGAGGAUAAUUGUGUAGCAUGACAUUUUAGGUAACGUGAGGAAGUAUGCAGGUUCUUGCACAUAUUAAUGAACUUCAUUUUUAGAUCAGCUAGGCUAAAGUAAUUUUUUGUUUUCUUUCAUCCAUAUGACCUACAAACAGCAAUUCCCCUCUUUACAGGUCAGACAUGUAUAGCUGCCUAAUGUGACACUUCUGGGUUCGUUGCAUCUGUUUGGCUUGCACACAGCUGCUUGAUUUUUCCAUAUCUCUCAAAAGGAGGUAAAGGAAAUGUGCCUUGUGCAUUCAUUCAGGUCACGAACACAAUACUUAAUCAAGUAGCAGAUUUUUUCACUUGCUGCAUAAGCUGAACAGUGUCUACAAGUCUGAAUUAUUAUAAAAGUUUAGGAACGGUUACUUCAGCAACCUCAUAUAUGUUACUUUUCUGUGUGUGGAUGUUUCACACUUGAUGCUGUAUUUGACAGUGCUUGCCUCAGUCACCAGUAGUUAACUAAAUGAACAACGAUAGUGUGUAGCUUAGGUAAAGGCUUGUGGAAACUUGCUGGAGUGUAGCAUGAAGCAGCAAGUUUCCCACCAUUUUUUUCAAGCACAUAGAAGCAACUCUCUCACUGCAUAUUAAAGCAGAAGUGCACAUGUUCCUAAGAGCCUUGAGCACUGGAAAGCGAUUUGAUGAACUUGUAAAACUUGCACUUGUCACAAUUUACGAAGGAUUUAGCAGCGCGACAUGCAUCGUGGGAAAAUCCCAACCAAGCAAAGUGCCUUUAUUAUUCAAGUGUAGUAUGACAUAAUGAAACUAAAAUGAGAAAACAUGGUAUGCAUUCCUAGCCAGUGCCAUGGAAGGGUCUUGUUUAAAACAGGCACAAACUUUGUUGAUGUAAAGACGACCACUGUCACACCGUCGUCUAAUCGCACGUCAAAUGCACAUAAUGUUACUCGCACAUAUUUGAUCGGUGGCACAGCGGUUGUCGGUGCUUGCUAUGGCUGCAUGUGUAUGUAAUUAGCACAACGUUUGGAUGGCAGUGCCUCGUUUGGCACCCUGUCGGCAUUCCAUUCUGCUGCUUUCAGAAUGUAAUCACAGGGUCCCUUUAGUGCAAAGGAAUCCCGAGGUGGUACCUCUUACAACCUAGUCUUCCUUGAUGAAGACGUAUGAAGGGCAACAUUGAAGGUUUAGAUGAUAGUGCAGGGGAUCUGCACUGGUUCUUUCCUGUUUAAUAUUACAUGCAUUUGUGCCUGUUCCAUGAAAGCUGUGUUCUGUGUCGUCUAGUGUGAUACGACAAGCUUCCAUUGCUGUAGCUACAAAAGUAGACGUAUGUGUCUUUGUCGUGAGCUGACAUAUCUCUUGUCAAGUGUUAUUGGCAGUUCCAUGAAUGAGGAAGCAAUGACACCCUCCCCUCCCUAACUUCUCAGUACAGUCUUGUACAAUGUGUGUAAGGGAAUCGUGGCCUUACGAAACCUUCCUGUGUCUAGUUUGUUCCACAACUUUUUUUUUUCUUUGUAGCAUCUGCCAACUUUAUACCACUACUUCCGUUUUGUUAAAUUUUGUUAGAAGCUAUGUACAAACAUGCAUUUACCGCAGCUGUUUGUCUAUUAAGGCACACACAUUUGUUGCAGUAUGGGGAAAGUGCUACCCUCAGCCUGCCUUGCGUUUUACAUGUGUUGUGUAUGUAAAGUUCAUUCCCAAGUAUCUACGAAGGGUGUUUUGUAACAGGCAAUGUCUUGAAAUCUUGAAGACAAGGGUUGCUUGUGCUUGAGUUGGCACAUAAAGCCCGACUGAUGUUGGUGCAGAUCGUUUCAAGAUUGUAGUUUAUAGGCCAUGACAAGGUGUUUUAAGUGUAGCGCAUUUGGAUGCUUAUCAUUGUAGCACUGCUUUUUUUUUGUGCACGGUGUUAUUAGAGAAUACAGAUUGUGUGCUGCUGGCGGUUUGGAUUCUUAUUUUUUCUUUGUUUGCUGUCAAGCUGAGAAUACCCAAGUUGUCUGUCAUACACACCUGGUCAUUUGUUGUUGAUUUUUGUCGGAGGUGUGUGAGUGUGUGCCAAGGCUUGUGGAAAUCGGAAAGAGGAGUGGGUUGUGUGAGGAAGGGGAACUCGCUUGUAGUCUCAAAUAUUGUGAACUGCCGUAAAAAUUUGCUCAAAGCAGCAUUCCUGGGAAUGUUGUGUUUGUUUAGCAGCCCAUGAGCGGAAGAACAAUGCUAACUUGCCACAUAACAUGAGCUACACUGACGAAGGUACGCAAAAAGAAGUGAAAGAGCUAAGGUAUGGUAACGUAUAAUGGAGAGGUUUCAUCUGGGGUCGCGAUAGGGGAAUGCAGAUGGUAAUGGUUCUAGGGCCAUCUGUUGUCCUUGUACUGUAGAACAGUGCAUUUAUAGUUUUCUGAGCCAGCAUUUUCAUCUACAAGCCCUGACACUAGGGGAUGCGGGCCUGUUGGGUGGCUACCAUACAUAUCCCCUUGGCACUGCUUGAGUUGUCUUGCAAAAGCAGCAAUUCUGAUCACGCAGAAGCACACAGGAAACUUUGUGUACCUCAGGAAGUUUGUAGAUGUGAAUGGCGUUUCUUAUGAACGCUAUUUAACCUUCGCGUUCUGGUUUUUACUGCAUAGUGGGAGGCAUCGUUUCUUGCCAUUCUUGGAGUAUUUAGCACAAAACGUUAAGGAACAUUACCUCAUGUGCAUUUAGCCACUGUUCUUCCCCCAUGGACAAAUGCGUGCAUGUGUCCAAGGACUGUGCCGUGUUGUUUCUUUCUUUUUUUUUCUUACAUUCCUGCACAAGCCUGUGCCCCAAGAUUCUGCCUCCAGUAGAAUUUUGUGUCCAUGCAUUACCAGCUGUGAUGACUUAGCCUCGUCUGUGCAACGAGAUUAUGAGGUUCACCAUGAAACAAGAGGGAAAACUGGAAAAAAAAAAGUGUGAAAGGACUGACUGCAGGCAGCAUGCGUUUUUGUCUUGUAUUGCACCUGUGAAAAAACUUACCAGAUGCGCCUCGUUUAAGAGUUGAGAUGUUGGCUUUCCAGAACUAGUCAUGUGGUUUAGAGUGGAGAGAGAGCAGCGGAGUUGGCAUUUGCAAACAAGAUUUUUUUUUUUUAAUCAUUAUUUUGCCUUUGAUCCCCACCCCACCUUAACAUUAUUUUGGUCUUGGUCUAUAUUGUGACAAUGUCUGCUUGGAGUGUGUUGAUUGUUGGCAGAAAAAAAAGGGAAAAAAAAUGAAACUGUGGACAAUGUUGCUAGUGCAGCUGUAACUGUUAGUGACCACUGUUGCAGCUGACAAUGCUGUUUUUUUUUUUCUUCUUUCUCUCCUUCCUACUGUCAGUGAAAAUAUGAGCAUUGCAUUCCUUGUGCCACUGUUGAUGCAAAUGCACAUAUGUUACACGUACUUGAUAAUGUUUGUCCGAGAAGCAGGGUGGUGAUAACAAUGAUACUCUUACCUCUUACAUAAAAAAAAUUGCAAUGUACUUGUUUCGUAAACGCAAGCUGCAGCGUUGAAAAUGUUCUUCUUUUCAUUUCUUUUUAUUAGUCAACACACUGGAAGUAAACCUCAAGCGUCCCAAGCUUUGUAUCUGACUCUGAUGACCUAUGCAUUUGGCUUGGUUUCUUGAGUGGCUACAAAGUAGAUAAGAUGUUUUAUUAUAUAAUUAUUAUUAUUAUUAUUAAAUAUACAAGUUUAAACUGC